ACCUUUCACUACCACACCUCCUUUCAAUACUGCUACUGCAGAUGGUGCUACUAAUGAUGAAAUAGAUGUUGGUUCUGCUGGACCUGAUUUCUCAGAAGAAGAAGUUUUGGAUUCUGAUUAUUCAACUGAGGACAGUGUUGAGUCUGAAGCUGAAUUAGUUGCAGAUGAUGAUGAGGAGGAGUAUGGUAGUGAUGUACAUGAGGAGGUUAGAGAGUUGAUGGCUAAAAAGAGAAGUUUUCAAAGGAGGAAAGAAGGGAAAGAGUAGUAGCUGACAAUGAAGAGGUACCAGUAGGUGAAGCUGGACCAGAUCUAGGUUUUCAUGAAACUGGAACCGGUAAAGUAAGUCAUAAAGGAAGGCUAGGAGGAGAUGAGCCUUACUUUGCAAGUUCUGAUGAGGGCAGUUUUGAGUUAGAGGACGAUGAGUGUUGUAAUGAUAAUGAACAUGAAUCUAGUAGCUAAAGAAGGGUAAAGUUGUCAAGAAAGAGGAGUUCAAAACCUCAAAAAAUCAUUCAUUAUCCUACAACAAAGAAAGUUGUGUGGCAGUUGGGUAUGUUGUUUAAGGAUGUGAAAGAAUUUAGAGAAGCAAUAACUAAAUAUACAGUUAGAAGAAGGGUUCAAGUGGAGAAGUGGGUGAAUGAGCCAAAGAAAGUUAGAGUUAGAUGCAAAGAUGGUUGUCCAUGGCUUUUGUAUGGAUGUCUUGACAAGACAACAAACAAUUUCAUGAUAAAAACCAAAAUAUACUUGCAACAAGACAACUAGAAAUUACUUGUGCAAUGCAAAGUUUUUAUCUGAAGCCUUUAGAGUAAGAAUAACAGAGCAACCAAACAUAAGAGUCUUGAAGUUGCAGGAGUUGAUUAGGAAAAAGUUUAAACUUCAUGUUGGCAGGACUACUGUGAGAAGAGCAAGAGCUAAAGUGGUGAAAGAUAUAAUGGGUGAUCAUGAUGUGGAAUUUGGAAGGAUACUUGACUACAAGGAUGAAUUGUUGAGGACCAAUCCAGGGAGCAGUUGUGUUGUAAAAGUUGAUGAACAUGAUACAGAAGGCAAAUCAAUAUUUCAGAGUUUUUACAUUUGUUUUGAUGCUUUAAAGAAGGCAUGGAUACAUUGUAGGAAGUGCAUAGGCUUAGAUGGUUGUUUUCUUAAAGGGGUUUGUAAAGUCCAACUGUUAGUUGUUGUGGCCAGGGAUGGUAACAGUCAGAUGUUGCCACUUGCUUGGGCAAUAGUGGAAAAGGAGAACAAACACACAUGGACCAUGUUUGUGAAGUGCAUAAGGGAUGAUUUGGGACUUGGAGAUGGUAAAGGUCUCACAUUGAUUACAGACAUACAAAAGGAAACACCAUCAACACCAUCAGAAGGUGAGCCUUCAGUAAAAAGGGGAAGAGGAAGACCUAAAAAAACAUCAUCAGUAGCACCUAGUGCACCUCCCCUACCUACUGCACCUACUGAUUUUCCUGCAUCCUCUUCUGCUCCUCCUACUUAUCAUGCAUCAUCUUCAAUAGCUGGUACUACUAAAAGAGGAAGGGGUAGGGGCAGGGGAAACACAUCUCCAGAGAAAAAGACCAGGAGUCAUGGGAAUGGAUGUGUUCCAAGCUGCAAAUAGCUUCAAAGUCAUGAAUGGAGUCUUUGAUUUAUGUUAACAGCUUAAUCCUAGUUUAGUUAAACAUUUUAAAUAUUGAUAUAGUCCUAAUUUUACUAUAGCCUGGCAUGCAAAGUAGUAAAAUCUACUCCACUGGACAAGCAAGAGUAACAAGAUAAUCUGAUGUAACUGGUGACGUUGGUUAUACACCAAGCAAUACAACUAAGCUGAAAUGGAAUGGCAAAGAAGCAAUCUCAACAAGCAAACUUCAUGAGCUUAGAGAGAAGCAAAGAAAGAACAAUGGGAAGUAGUUCAAGUCAAAAUAACACUUCUUCAAAAUCAAAGAUGCCAUGAAAAUUGUAGUGACAUUGAUGUAUUUAAGCACUUUUAAGUUAAUGACCUGCUAUUUUCGAUUUUUGUUGGUA